AUGUACGGCACCCUCUCUUUUGGCAACGGAAGCAAGAGUAAGAGAUCCUCGGCCGAGUUCCAUACAUUCUCAGCGUUCCACAGGAGACGGCUGAGACAGCCAGCGUGUGACGAAUGCAGAACAGCUCGUGUCAAGUGUCGAUGGGAACCCGACAGGGAGAACUUGAAGUGUGCCCGUUGCCAAGGUAGCAGUAGGGCGUGCACAUACAACUCGGCGAGCUGCCGGUCCCGAAACUCACAUUCUGGGAAACCGACAGAACCUAGGGAAAGAACGCGCACCGCCAGCGUCACAGUUGAAGGUAACGAAGAUGAGAACAGGAGCGGGAAUGGGAACGGGAAGGGCAGCUCGUUGGUGCCGUCAAUCCCGGAGUCAGCAUCGAGUCCGAGUCCGAGCCCGAGUCCGCCUUCGAUCCCGCAAGGCCCGCCAGUACCACAAGACACGCAUACGAGGUGGUGGGAGUCUCAAUUUGAGCCCUUGGAUCUGUUUUUCGACCCAGACCCAGCCACAGACAAAGCCAUCGACGGAUCUCCAAAUCUUGUGCCUCCAAAUCGAGUUGAUGUGGAUGUUUCGUCAGCUUCUAUGAACGACAACGACGGAGUACUGCACCUCCCCGACCUAGAGUUGGCUUCGAAGAGUGUUGAACACAAUGCUCCUCACUGCUACGACUUCUCAGCUCCCGGCAACGAAUUGCGGCCAAACUUCUCUUUACCAACGCCGUCCCUGUCAUCGACGCGCACGCCCUCGCCCACGCCCAGCUUAGUUUGGAGCACGAUGAUUCGGCAUGCUGAACACCAAAAACGUCCAAGUCUGUCUUCAGACGUGCAAAUCGAUCCUCCCGCAACUCCGCAGCCCAAGCAUCACACUCAGGAUGGCACCACUCAACCUUUAUUAAGGGCUGGGUUUUCCGACCUUAUAGACGUAAUGAGAUUCGCGAAAAACCCGUCUUCACCCGCAUCAGCGACAUUGACUCCGAGCGCCUGCACAUGUCUCCAGGACUUGACUGCAACCUUGUUCAGUCUUCGAAGGCGGCCAGAAAAAGCGCAGGUCGACCAGUUCCUGCUCCUCUUCACGCAGGCCAUGUGCAAAUGGGAGGCAGUAGAGACGUGCACGUCGGCACGUCAUAUCUCUCAGAGCCUUGCGCUUCUCAUGCUGAUGAAUAUUCAAGAGUUGGUUGCACUGCUUCUCGACGCUUCCUCAUCGGUCAACGCCGCGGAUAGUCCAUCCGGAGGGCGGGACUCCAUCCUAGCGAUCAACAUAGGGACGUUCACUGUGGAGGAUGGGGCAGAUCAGAGAAUCAUUGCCCAGAUGCUUUUGGCAGUGAGGAUGAAGGAGCUAUACUCGUUCAUCACGAGGAUGAGCGCUCAGAUGAAGCUUGCGGGCUUCGAUGAUAUUUGUAUGGACUACCACCACCAGACAGAGAUCGUGAGGAGAGCGGUUACCUCAUAG